UACUCUAGAGAGAGAGAGAGAGAGAGAAAGAAAGGGAAAGAAAGAGAAAUGAGCGAAGGGUUGAAGAGGGAUUACGAGAUCGGAGAGGAGAUCGGACGGGGGCGAUUCGGCGCCGUUUUCCGGUGCUUUGCGGCGGAUUCCGGCGAGGCAUUGGCCGUGAAGACGAUCGACAAGACCCAACUCACUGAUCCCACCGAUCGCCAACUCGUCGAGCGUGAAGCGAAGAUCACUCUCCUCGCCGCCGCCGGGAACCCACACGUCGUCCAGAUUCACGCUGUCUACGAGGACGAGUCAUCGAUCCAUCUUGUGCUUGAUCUUCUCCCCGGUCCUGAUCUCUUUGAACGGAUCUCCGGCCGGGGAGGCCCGAUCCCUGAGCCGGAGGCGGCUGCGAUCAUCUCUCAGUUGAUGGAAGCCCUAAAUGCUUGCCAUCAGCGUGGGAUCGCUCACCGGGAUGUGAAGCCAGACAAUGUAAUGUUUGACUCGCUGGGACGGCUCCGGCUUGUGGAUUUCGGCUCGGCGGAGUGUUUCGGGAAGGGGAUGACGAUGAGUGGGGUUGUGGGCACGCCGUACUACGUCGCGCCGGAGGUGGUGGAGGGGAGAGAGUACGGGGAGAAGGUGGAUGUCUGGAGCGCUGGGGUGAUAUUGUACCUGAUGUUGGGUGGGAUUCCACCAUUCUACGGCGAGACAGCAACGGAGAUCUUCGAGGCAGUGAUGAGAGGGAAUCUCCGGUUCCCCAGACGGAUCUUCUCGUCGGUGUCGACGGCAGCCAAGGAUCUCAUCCGCCGGAUGCUCUGCCGUGAUGCUUCCCGUCGGCUCUCCGCCGAUCAAGUCCUUCGGCAUCACUGGAUUGUUGGCGGCGGUGGCGCGCUUCAUCUCACCUGAGCGGUGAUCGUAUCCAGUUAUAUGUAUAUAUUAUUAUUAUUAUUAUUAUAUAAUAUAUAUUAUGAAUGUGAGCUAUGUGCCAAGUUUGUGAAUACCUGGGGAUGUUUUGUUUAGUUUUGGUUGGUUUUUUAAAUGAGAGGAAAAAGAGAAAUUGAUAAUUGAAUUUUGCUGCUUGUUUUAGUAUGGUUUUUGGUUACUUAUUAAAUGAGUUGGGUGGAUGAUCGUGCC